CGAGAGGAGGAACAAAAGGCGAUGGCUUCCCUCAAAGCCAGCCCCCGGCUCGGCAGCACGGGGAAGGGGACAGGGGGCUGAGGGAACUGAGGGCUGGAGCCAUUCGGAAGGGGAAGGAGGAAAAGAACCGCGGCUGCCCUCCGGGGAGCCCGCGGCGGGGCCGCUGCCCCCCCGGGGUCGCCCUGAGGCGGGGGGAAUGGCGCAGCCGCGCCGCGGAGCCGGGAGGCAGCCUGAGGGGGCGAAACGUGCCGCAGGAAGCGCUGCCUCCCCCCGAGGACGAGCCCGGGGACUCGGCGGGUGUGUGCGGUCGGGGGGGCUGUCGGAUCCGUUCGGUUUUAGGGCGGUCAUUACAGGGUCCCAGCUGGGAACGACCCUCCCGCCCCGGCGACUCUUCCCCCUCAGCGCCGGGUGACUGGAAGGAGAGGAGUCAGGACUACCCGGCUGAUUUUUUUCGGAGUCGAGGUAAUGGCUGAAGUUGGUCGGUGGGAGACAGCUGGAGGCCCACGGCAGUGCCAGGGGGCUGCCCAGCGCCCAUGAGCUGACCCCGAGCCUCUGCUGCCUCUGCCGGGAUGGGGAACAGCGGCUCCGCCGUGAAGGUCUGCGCAGAUCACCAAGGAGGCAUCAACUGGCUGAGCCUCAGCCCCGACGGGCAGCGCCUGCUCACGGGGAGCGAGGAUGGCACCGCGCGGCUCUGGAGCACGGCCGACAGCCAGUGCCACGGCCACUUCCAAGGACACGAAAGCUACAUCACCUUCUGCCACUUAGAAAACGAGGCUGCCUUCACGUGCAGCGCCGACCAUACCAUUCGGAAGUGGGACGUGGUGACAGGCCAGUGCCUGGCCAUUUACCGAGGACACACCUCAAUUGUUAACAGGAUCCUGGUUGCCAAAGACUAUCUGUUUAGUGGCUCCUAUGACAGGACAGCCCGCUGCUGGAGUGUGGACAAGGAGAAACAAAUCCAGGAAUUCCGGGGCCAUCGGAACUGUGUCCUGACUCUAGCUCACUACUCCUCCAAGGAUGUCCUCGAAGAGGAGGAGGAGGAGGAGGAAGAGGAGGAGAAAGUGAGCAGAGACCUCCUGGUGACAGGUAGCACGGACUGCACUGUUAAGGUCUGGUGGGUGUCCAGCGGGCGCUGUUACCAGACUCUGCUGGGACACACUGGGGCUGUCUUAUGCCUUAUACUUGACGCACCAAACAGGGAGCUGUUUUCUGGCAGCACGGAUUACACCAUCCGAACGUGGAACAUUGUCACUGGUGAGCAGUUGAAAGUGUUCAAAGAGCAUCAAGGAUCCAUAAUUUGUCUAGAGCUAGUGAAUCGGCACUUGUAUUCAGGAAGCGCGGACAGGACAGUGAAGUGCUGGUUAGUAGACACUGGGGAGCGAAUCCAAACGUACAAGGCUCACAAGCACAGCGUUAGCACUUUGAAAUACCACGCUGGGAUCUCUCCAGCAUGUUUUGUGUGCAGUAUCACACUCUGCUGCGCUGCUCGGUGUGAGAAGCUUAGAUCUUCCCUCCGUUUUUCACCUCCCUCUUCCGGCAUGUGAAGGGGCAGCUGCUUUAUUUCUGUUAGGAAGGGAAGUGGCUUGGAUCCAGAGCUGUCUGGGGGCUGUUUGUGCAGCCACGCUUUGGCCUCACCGGUCUGACGUCUGUCAGUCUGCUUCUGCUGCUAGUUUGUGGACACUAAGUGCUGCUGCUGGAUGCACAGCCCUGUGCCUGCCUCUGCCAGCACUGCGUAAGGGAUUGUCCUAAACCAGAACCACAUCUCAAGUCCUCGCUGCUUCGUUCUAACAGGUAGGGUUCCCGUUCACACCCUGACCGUCUCAAAGACUCAUUUUCCACAAAUCCUUUUCCCUUAAUCUGCCUUCCUCCAUGUAGUUGUUCCCCAAACUACCUUUCUGCUCUAGCUCUUGCUUGCCUUCUUACGAAUGCUUGGGACUCAGCUUCCCUGCCUUCACUGCUCUGAUAACAGUGGUGUCUUUGCAUAACCGUCUCUUGUUGACAUAACAUAUUCUGACCAAGAAAUCUCUUUAAAUCCCUCUCCUGGCUGGCUUUCCCUCUGCAUGUCAUCGACGCGCUUCAGGGUUUGGGUUGCAAGCCUAUGCCCCUGCUUUUAUCAGCCCGUUCUUCUUCUGCCACUGACAUCAGACUUGAUGAGCCUUCAUUCACUUCCCAAGCAAGUAUUUCUCUGCCAUCCACAUCACCCAGUGAAGGAAUACCUGUCCUAAGCUAAUGGAGAAAUUGCAGAGCUUGUGAUUUCUGUACUUCAGCUAUGCAACCGACACGUAAGACCAAGUGAAUGGUCAAUAUUGGGCCUUAGUAUCUCUUUUGGAAGAUUAUUGGUAUGAUGGUGAUAAAUGGGCUGUUUGAUGUGGCCGAAUAUCUGACCACACUCAUAAUCCAGUAACUGAACUGAUUUCUUAAUUGUGUUUGGAAACUUACCACGAAACCAAGCCCAUAGGUAGACUUAGAUUUUUAACAGGCAAGCCCUGUUUUUUUGGCCUUCCUUUUAAUAGUAGACCCACAGCACUACCAGCCUCCGUUAAAAUAGUUAAUCAUAACUGAUGGUUAAUUUCAGCUCCCAGAACCGCCCCGUGCUCUAGUUGCUGCUGAUUUAAACUUGUGCAGGUGGCUAAAAGGCUGAAAUGGAAGGGAAAGGGGUCCGAGCCUAUGCUGCAAAGUUAUUAUUGCUCAAAGAUGCAUACAGGUGGGGCAGGGGAAAUGAACCUGAAAUUUUAAUCCAGGAAGAACACUGGAAAACAGUGUUCUUUCUUUUUUCCUUUGUUUUGUUUUCACCCUUUAAACCAAUAUGAACCAAAACAUUGAACUCAUCGAGAGUACCCAAAACCAAGAUAACUGUGCUGAGCUACUGGUGGCCUGGUCCAGCGAGGAAUCCUUACUGAGGAGACAGGAGACAACAAGUACAGACCUGACCAGGCUCCGUAAAACCAUCCUAAAGAAAGUCGGGCUCAGACAGAAGUUUAAUCAUCUGGGGCCACCCCCACCAACCCUGCAGCUUUCUUUCUCUUCCCCCUCAGCCCCACGCCCUGUCCCUGCCGUACACAUCGCUGCGUUUCCCUCACAGUCUCUCAAAAUGCAGGCAGUGUUGCUGCAUUUAGUCAGACCUGUGAAGAACAUCCUGAUAGUGUGAGAGAAGUGUGCAUAGUGUUAGUUAAGAUCUCAUUUUUAAAUCAAAUGCAAAAAUACUAAAGGUGUCAAACAGGGCAAAUUGAAUCCUUGCAUUUGAAGGGUGGAAUACAUGUCAUGGAAAAAUGUAGGGGUGUGACCGAAUAAUAAUCCAGAUGCAUUUUAAUUCUUGAAAGAGGAAAUUUCCCCCUAAAAAUGAAUUUAUAUACUGUGAUUGGUUGUGUUACAGUAAGGCAAUUCUAUAGUAGCUGCAAUUGCGAUUGAAACACGACUAUUAGAUACGGUGUAAGUAAGUGAUUCAGGGCAUAUGCACUCGAUACCAAAUAUUAGAGGUAAUGUAGCUUGAAAUUCGAGCUGCUCACCUGGGACAGAUGGGCACUGUGUGGGCAUUCUCUGCUUUUCGAAAACGUAGAGAAAAUACUUCGAGAUAAAUUAACUUUGUUAUGGUUUCUGUCGCAUGUGCACCUGCCCUAGAAUAUGGAAAGAAUCUCAGCUGAGAAGUGGUAAUUUUCUUUUAGAAGAUCUCAUUUUUUUUUUGCUUGCUAUCUGAUCAGUACCCACAGGCUUGUUGCCAAAAAGAUUUCACAGUGUAAAUAAGAAAAUUCAGUCAAAGGAGGGCAGGAAAAAUAUACAUGUGUUUCCUAAAUGGCUUUAUAUCACAUAGGGAGGCCAGACAGAUCUGAGAACUAAGCCUAAAAUAAUCAGAAUAUGUUUCUAGUGGCUUUCCUCAGUAUGCUUCUGUAAUUAAUAGCAUGGGGAAUGUUAAAGCUUGUUCCUAGCUUCAUUUACUUAAUGAUAUUGUCUUGGUUAUUUCUCUCUGCAGUAUGUGCGCGGUCAUUUAAAAUUUAAUUCAGUUUUUUUUUUUUUCAUGACACAAAAUUCCCAAGGGAAUGUUUAAAACCUGUCCACCCUCCCAAGAUACUGUGAAAUUGAAGUAAAAUAUAAAAAUGAAUAGUUAUUUUUAUAUAUUAAUUGCUUGCUUGUUUCACAGAGGUGCAUAUAUAACCAUAUAUUUAAAUGCCGAAUCUGGGUUACAUCAACAGCUCUGCUUUAAAACUCGGAGCUGCAGAGAAGCUCCCUAAAUCUAGAGUGACAGUUCAAAAGACGUAAAGGGUGUUUUGUCAAAAGCAAACUCCUGAUAGCUGAAAUAAACUGACAGCUGCACAGCGAAAACAACUCUUAACUGGUUCUUACUCUGUGUAUGUGUGUGUGUGUGUGUGUGUGUGUGUGUGUGUAGUAGGUAUUCAGAGAUUUCUGAGCACUGAAAAAAUAAAUCUGGUUCUGUGCUUUACAUUGUUGUUACUGCUUUGCAGAAUGGGACGAAUGCUUUUUCAGGAUUGUGUUGGCAACUGAGUUUAUGUAGGCCCACAUAAAAUGAGGCUGAUUUUUCCAUAUCCAGAUGUUUCUUGAAGGUGUACCCCGAAGUACCCAGCCUCCUGCUGUUUAAUUUGAAGUUGAAAAGCUGGUGGCA